GUGUGCGCGCGCGGGCGGGCGAGCUCGCGAGCAGUCUCGCUCCUCGACGGCGGGAGCGAAUUCUGAGAGGAAGCCUCUCUCUGUCUCUCUCUCUCUCUCUGUGUGUCUCUGUCCAGAGAUGCGCUCCGGGAGGCGGCGGCUCCUGCCAGGCUCCCGUGCAGGUUCCUCCUGCUGAAAGGCGCCCCUUUCUCUUCUCCUCACUCACACUCCUCGAAAGCUGAGCCCUUCCCUUGGUGAGAGGAAACGGGGACUUGAAGAAAGCCAGCCGGAGCAGAAGAGGGGGACAGCUCUCCCUCCCCAGGCGGUGUGGAAAUGCCCGCCCUUCGGCCCUCGCUCCUCGCUGCCCUCCAGCUCUGCUGCCUCUGCCGGAUAGAACUGGUUUCUGGAUACUUUAGACAGCAGCGGAAAUCUCUUGAAGUAAUUGAUUGGUCCUAUUCAGGAGCACUAAAUCAAACAAGCUGGGGGAAAAAAUAUCCAGCAUGCAAUGGUGCCAAACAAUCACCUAUUAAUAUUGAUGAGGAUCUAACUCAAGUAAAUGUGAAUCUUAAGGAUCUGAAAUUCCAAGACUGGGAAAAGGAAACAUCAAAAGAUACUUUAAUCUUCAACACAGGCAAAACAGUGGAAAUUAAGCUGAUAAAUGAAUAUUUUGUGACUGGAGGAGGCUUAGAAGGUGUAUUUAAAGCAAGCAAGAUAAUGUUUCACUGGGGAAAAUGCAAUAUAUCUCAAGAUGGAUCUGAACAUAGCAUAGAUGGACAAAAAUAUCCUCUUGAGAUGCAAAUCUACUGUUAUGAUCCUAAUCGGUUUGCAGAUAUUGAUAAGGCAGUUGAAGGAAAUGGAAGAUUAAGAGUGUUAUCCAUUUUAUUUGAGGUUGGUCUCGAAGAUAAUGGGGAUUACAAUACAAUUAUUGAUGGAGUGGCCAGGGUUAGUCGUUUUGGGAAGAAAAGUGAACUUGAACCCUUCAUCUUGUCUAACCUUUUGCCAAAUUCAACAAACAAAUAUUACACUUAUAAUGGAUCUUUAUCAACUCCCCCCUGCUCAGAAUCCGUUGAAUGGAUUAUAUUCAAAGACACGGUUAACAUUUCAGAAAAUCAGCUGUCAGUAUUUUGUGAUGUCCUCACCAUGCAACAGUCUGAUUAUGUGAUGAUGAUGGACUACCUGCAAAAUAAUUUUAGAGAUCAACAGCUUAAGUUUUCUGGCCAGGUGUUUUCCUCAUAUACUGGACAGGAAGAAAUUCACGAAGCAGUUUGCAGCUUGGAACCAGAAAAUGUUCAAGCUGAUCCAAAGAACUAUACCAGCCUUCUUGUUACUUGGGAAAGGCCACGAAUUGUGUAUGACACAAUGAUUGAGAGGUUUGCUGUUUUUUACCAACAGUUAGAAGGAGAAGACCAGAAAAAGCAUGAAUUUCUAACAGAUGGGUAUCAGGACUUGGGGGCCAUAUUGAACAAUCUUUUGCCUAAUACAAGCUACGUUCUUCAAAUAGUUGCUAUUUGUGCUAAUGGUCUGUAUGGAAAAUACAGUGAUCAAGUCAUUGUUGACAUGCCUUUAGAUGAUCCAGAAAUUGACUUUCCUGGAAUGCCUGAAGAUUAUGAGGAGGAAGAUGAACUAGAAGAGACAAGGGAAGGAGUGGGUGAAGAAGCUGCCGUAAUUUCCAGCACUGAUAGUAUGACGAAUCAAAUAAGGAAAAUGGAGUUCCAAUUUACUACAUCUAGCUACGAUCAGGAAAGAAUGGGAACAAAAUUCAAUGAAGCAGGAACACACAAAUAUGUAACAAGAGAGGAUGAUGCUCAUGGAAAAGACGACCAGUCCAAAACAUUUUUUCACCCAACUUCUGAAUCUAUUGCUGAAAUACCAAAGAAAGAACAGGAUGAUUCUGUUGAAUCUCAGUCAGCAACUACAAGUAGUUCCACCAAAGGUAAUGAGGAAGAGUAUGCACAUGCUUUUUCUGACAAUGAGGCAAGAGCACCUACUACUGAUGGUAUUGAAGAUGAUAUAGAGGUAUCUGCUUUUAAACCUGAUCCAGACACUGAUGACUCUUGGAGUUCUACUCAUACCACCUCUCCUUCAUGGUUAGUUACUGUGGAGACAGCACAAGAAAGCAUUGUUAGUUCAGGAAGCCCAGAAAAAAUGCAUGAUGAUCUCUCUCAAGACUAUAUUAAAAUUCUGUCAGAAGAUGUAACACCUCCAAGUGCUGAAGAUUCUGCAGAGAAGGUGCUUGAAGCCAAUGGAAAUUUGUGGUAUCACAAUGGCACAGAUGCUACUGCUGUUCCAUUGGAUACCAAACAGCUUUUUCACGUUAGUUCCCCAAAUCCUACAACCAUACCUUAUCCUGGUGGUCCACUGGUGUCACAAGAGUCUUCAGGCGUGGAUAUAGAAUUGCCACAUACUUCUACCUUUGCUUUCUCCCCUACUGAGUUGUUACCUUACUCUGCCUCUUCAAAUUCUGAAGAACAUGGCUCUGCUUCUUCUGCCAAUGAGGUACUUUCUCAGACAACACAACCAGUGUAUAAUGGUGAGAUACCACUUCAACCUUCCUACAGUAGUGAAGUGUUACCUCUAGUCACCCCUUUAUUGUCUGACGCUCAGAUGCUCAACACUUUCCCUGCUGCAUCAAGUAGUGAUGUGACCUUGCAUGCUACGCCUGUAUUUCCCAGUGUUGGUGUGUCAUUUGAAUCCACCUUGUCUUCCUAUGAUGAUGUGCCUUUGCUUCCAUUUUCCUCUGCUUCUUCCAGUAGUAAAGUGUUUCACCAUCUGUAUAUGGUUUCGCAAACAUUUCCACGAGCCACUCCAGCUAUUGAGAAUGAUAAGGUGUCCAUGCAUGCUCCUUUGACACUGCCAGAGGCUGGCACAUUAAUGCAGACACGCCUCACUCAGUUUUCUGAUGUGACAUCACAUCAGACAGUCGGGGCAGCUUCAGAGACAUUGAUAUUUGGUCAUGAUAGAACUCAAUUGUUGUCUCAAGUUGAACCAUCCAGCAGUAGUUCAAAUAUGCAUGUACUGCCUACAAUGUCUGAACUUACUUAUGCUUUGUCUAGUAAUAUGAGCUCUCUCAAAACUGUUGCUGCUUCCUAUUAUCCUUCAGAAUUUGUGCAUGAGUCUGUUGACACAUCUCACCAGGGUCCGUUAUUUAGCAGCUAUAGCAAUGUGCUGAUGCAUAAACCUUCUUCUGCAAUCUCGCAAGCUGAUUCUUUGCUUCAGCCUACUAGGUCUCUUUCUAGUGAAAUGGAUUGGUCUGAAGCAUAUUCUGGUAGUGAAUCCCUUUUGCCUGACACAGAUAUUUUGCCAAUGCUUAAAGUUUCUUCGCAUGAUUCUUCAGGUGAAUUGAUAAGCAGCACACCUGGGUAUACUGGUGAUGUUGAAACGCCUCCAAAAAAUGGUGCAAUAGAUGGAUCUGACAAGGAACUGCAAAUUUCUUCUUCUUUCAGUGAAAUGCCUUCUCUUGCUGAAAUUGAAAUGGCUGAACUUACAACAACAGUUUCUAAUGAUGAGAUUACUAAGCAGGAUGCAACUUUACAAGAAAUCCUUCUUACUGUUUCUAGUGCAAAGGGAGUCCUUCCAGUAUCAAUUGCUUUUCCUGUUAAUAAGGUUUUUGAUUAUGAUGCUAGAAAACUUUCAGAAAGUCAUGUCCCUAUUCAGCCUUUGCAUGUUACAACGCCAGCCUUUGACGACACUUUGCUUAAGCCUCUGCUUAAUGUAUUCUCACAGCCAGCUUCUCUUACCCCUGCUUCUAGCAAAAUUUUGCAUCCUUCCACCGAGCAGUAUUUUUAUGAAGCUUCAGCUACAUUAAAAAAUAAUGCAUUGCUGCAAACUUCCUUUCAGUCUUCUGAUGAUGAUAAACAGCUUAGAUCACCUAUAACUGAUUAUAGCAAUCCAGUAUUGACUGAAAAUAACAGGAGGCCUAAUAAUGGUAGUUCUGUAUUUGACCAAAUGACAUUAGAUUCUGCUGCAAAUAAUACAAAAAUGCAUUCCACAUCAGCGCCAUCUGCUGUAAAUACAUCAUAUACUACCAGUAGCCUCACAAAUUUGCAAGGUUUCACUCUUGGCUAUAUCAGUGAUGAACACAGUUCUCCCAGAUUGCCGAACAGUGAAGAUAUACACCAAGAUGCUCCCUCGUUGUACAGUAAUGAAGUGUCGUAUCAGUCGACCAGAGUAGAAAAUAAAAGUGUCCCUUCCUUCAAAGUGGUGAACACAAUGGCUGUCCCUGUCCUGCCAACUGAUACACUACCAAAUGUAGCCACAUCUGCUAAUAACCGUAAUCUUCCAAAUGUUUCUCAAAAGGAUGUACUUCUCACUUCUUCUGCAAGUACUAAUAUUGUUGAUGUUACCGUUCCUGUGCCUGAAACAAUUUCUGAUUCUAUUAAGCAUAAUUUUAGAAGCAUACCAGAUAUGCAGAUUUCUACUACAGUUGAUUCUGCUAGAACCAAAGCCAGCACAAUUUUUAAAAUGUUAUUAGUUCCCACUAAAGUAGUCACAGAGAAAUCCACAACAACCAGUUCUAUUACUGAUUUGUGGUCCUCUAUUGUUGAUGAAGAUUAUGACGAGUAUGAUAGUGGUAUACCAGUGAAUGGUUGUCACAGAUGUCUUUCCCAUAGAGAGACUCAAGAAGAGGUAGAUGAGCCAGAUACACAGGUAGAUAGUACAAACAAUCAGUAUAGCCUAAUUACAAAUUCACAUUUUGAAACAUCUGAAGAAGAAGAGAAGAAAACCAUAACUGCCUUAUUGCAUCAUACACUAACUAAUGAGAUGGACCAGCUGAAAUAUCCAUCAGUCCCAGCUGUGGCUUCAAACACGAAGACUAAGAAACACAGUGAUUCAGCCAUAUUGAAUAACCAAAUCCAGACUUUUAGAGAGCCAUUGAAAAAAGCACCAGAAUCUAAAUCGUGGGCAGUUUUUACAAGUGAUGAAGAGAGUGGUUCAGGUCAAAGCACCUCAGAUAGUAUUAAUGAUAAUGAGACUUCAACAGAUUUCAGUUUUUCUGAUGUUAAUGACCGUGACUCUGAAGGGGUAGGUGGAGCAGGUAACUCAGACUUAACCUCUGGAUCACAGCAGUCAUCAGUAGCAUCUGUCAAUAGUGACUCAUCAGUAUUCAACGUUUCAGAGGCAGAGGCAAGUAAUAGUAGCCUUCAGUCGCGUAUUGGCCUCCCAGAACCGAAGACUGUUAUACCCCUUGUGGUCGUUUCAGCCCUGACUUUCAUCUGUCUAGUGAUUCUUGUUGCUAUACUUAUAUACUGGAGGAAAUGUUUUCAAACAGCGCACUUUUAUUUAGAAGAUAACACAUCACCUCGAGUAAUAGCCUCACCUCCGGCACCAGUCUUCCCUGUAUCAGAUGACGUUGGAGCAAUCCCAACAAAGCAUUUCCCAAAACAUGUUUUAGAUUUACAUGCCAGUAAUGGAUUUGCUGAAGAAUUUGAGACACUGAAAGAGUUUUACCAGGAAGUCCAGACCUGCACUGUAGAUCUGGGUAUUACAUCAGACAGUUCUAAUCAUCCAGACAAUAAAAAUAAGAACAGAUACAUAAAUAUUGUUGCCUAUGAUCACAGUAGAGUUAAACUUGCUCAACUUACAGACAAGGAUGGAAAACUCACUGACUACAUUAAUGCCAAUUACGUUGAUGGCUACAACAGGCCAAAAGCAUAUAUUGCUGCUCAAGGACCUCUAAAAUCAACAGCAGAAGAUUUCUGGAGAAUGAUUUGGGAACAUAACGUAGAAGUCAUUGUUAUGAUAACAAACCUUGUUGAGAAAGGAAGGAGAAAAUGUGACCAGUACUGGCCAGCAGACGGUAGUGAAGAAUAUGGAAACUUUUUAGUUACACAGAAGAGCAUUCAUGUUCUUGCCUAUUACACUGUGAGAAAUUUUACUAUUAGAAACACAAAAGUGAAAAAGGGUUCCCAAAAAGGAAGGCCCGGUGGUCGUGUAGUUUCUCAGUAUCAUUACACUCAAUGGCCUGAUAUGGGUGUCCCUGAAUAUACUUUACCAGUACUCACAUUUGUCCGAAAAGUAGCAUAUGCUAAACGUCAUGCUGUAGGGCCAGUUGUGGUUCAUUGCAGUGCUGGUGUUGGAAGGACAGGUACAUACAUAGUGUUAGAUAGUAUGUUACAGCAAAUUCAGCAUGAGGGGACUGUCAAUGUAUUUGGAUUCCUAAAGCACAUACGAACACAGAGGAAUUAUUUGGUGCAAACAGAGGAACAGUAUGUCUUCAUUCAUGAUGCACUAGUGGAGGCCAUACUUAGCAAAGAAACAGAAGUACCUGAGAAUCAUAUCCAUGCCUAUGUAAAUUCACUCUUAAUUCCAGGAGCAAUGGGAAAGACAAGAUUAGAGAAACAAUUUAAGCUACUUAGCCAAUCUAAUAUACAGCAGUGUGAUUAUUCUACUGCACUAAAGCAGAGUAACAGAGAAAAGAACAGGACUUCAUCCAUAAUUCCUGUAGAAAGAUCAAGAGUUGGUAUAUCAUCCUUGUCUGGUGAAGGCACAGACUACAUCAAUGCUUCCUACAUCAUGGGUUAUUAUCAAAGUAAUGAAUUCAUUAUUACCCAGCAUCCUCUCCUACAUACUAUUAAAGAUUUCUGGAGAAUGAUAUGGGACCACAAUGCCCAGAUAAUUGUCAUGCUUCCAGAUAGUCAAAAUAUGGCUGAAGAUGAAUUUGUAUACUGGCCAAACAAAGAGGAUCCUAUAAAUUGUGAGAGCUUCAAAGUCAGUUUGAUUUCUGAAGAACAUAAAUGUUUGUCAAAUGAAGAGAAGCUAAUAAUCCAAGAUUUCAUUUUAGAAGCUACACAGGAUGAUUAUGUUCUUGAAGUGAGGCAUUUUCAGUGCCCGAAAUGGCCAAAUCCAGAUAGCCCAAUCAGUAAAACAUUUGAACUAAUAAAUGUCAUCAAAGAUGAAACUUCCAACAGAGAUGGACCUAUGAUUGUGCAUGACGAGCAUGGAGGAGUGACAGCGGGUACUUUCUGUGCAUUAACAACGUUGAAGCAUCAGUUAGAAAAUGAAAACUGUGUCGAUGUUUAUCACGUAGCCAAGAUGAUCAAUUUGAUGAGGCCUGGAGUCUUUAUAGACAUUGACCACUAUCAGUUUCUCUACAAAACCAUUCUCAGUCUUGUUAGCUCAAGGCAAGAAGAAAAUCCUUCAGUAUCCAUAGACAGUAAUGGCUCAGCUUUACCAGAUGGCAAUGCAGCGGAAAGCUUGGAAUCUCUAGUUUGACUGUGGGCAGAACAUGACCGACCAUGAUUAUCCAGAGCUCGAAAUUUCAGUAUGGCUUUCUUUUUAAAAAAAAAUGGAUGAAAUUAUCCAGCUAGACAUGAUAAUCUUUUUAUUUCAUUUCUUCAAACAAACACUGCAAAUGACUUAAUUACUGAACUUAUAUCAUUAACAAUGUGUGCCUUUUUGAAAUAUUUCUUGUAAUGCAUUUUGUUAUGUUUUGAACUAACUUGAUUGAACUUUACUGUGUUUCUACAAAUGAAAUUGUGGUCUCUUUUACAGUAUUAGUUUCUAAUUUCUCAGGCUUUAUUUUAACUUAAAUUUAAGGUUCUCAACAACAAACAUGUAAUGUUUUAGUAUCCCGUUUACUUGCUGUUAUUUAUAGCAUUCCUUACAUUUGUUAGAAAUUAAACUUUUAAUAUGGUAGAAUGUAAAUAUGCUCUUCUCUGUAAUAUUCAACAUUUUAAGAUUUUGGUAGGCAUUUAGAAUAGCUGUUACUUACUGUAAAUAUUUCUAGAGUGGAUUCCAUGGACCAAAUUUAUAUUUAUAAUUGUAGAUUUUUAUAUUUUACUACAAAGUCGGUUUUCUAGUUCUGUGUAAUUGCAUUGUUAAAAUGAUGUAGUCCCGUACCUGUUAAAUUUUAACAAGCAUCUUCUGAUACGUUAUCAUGCAUCCUAAGUGAGUAACCGUAUCUCUGCAUGCAGUUUUAACUUUUGUGGGAAAUUGAAAUAUCCUUGUUUUGAGAUAAGACAUUUCUAUGAAAAUAACAUCUGUACUCAGCAUUGUUUAAACCAUUUUUAUCCAAUGAAUUGCAAAAAUAAAUAUCAGUACCUUGAAGACACAUAA